AUGGCAGAAGUAGUAGGCGACUACGACGACGACCCAAUCCCUCCUCGCCCAAGAAGCGAUGACGAAUACUCUCCAUUUGACGUCGACGAUGAAGCAUCCCAACCCCAACAAGCCUCACAACAGAACGAAAACGAAGCCCAACAAUCGCCGGAAGACGAACAACAAAGACUCUCCCGCAUAGAAACCAACACUAGCACCAGCAGUCGCCCCCGCGAAGCAACCGAACUAGACGAGAUUCGCAGAUUGUCCACGGAAAGUACAUCAGAUGGCUCAAUAUCAUCCGGCGAGUAUCGCAUUGCCUCUAACACCGGCGCAACCACCACCAGCAGCACGUCUGCCGCCAAUAGUCAAGAAAGGAGGAAUAGAAAGAAAAGAGAGAAAUGGAUUCCCGGACCGGUGCGCCGGUUUUGGGCAAGGAAUAUUACGCUAGAGGUUCCUCAUAAGGGGAAUAGAGAUUACUUCGCACUCGAAAGAACAUUCCUGGCCUACAUGCGCACGUCCGCCACAUUCUCCAUCCAAGGAGUCCUCGUGGCCCAACUCUUCCGUCUCCAACCUUCACACCCCUAUCUUCUUACACUGUCUCGUAUAAAUUUUCGAUCCAUCGGUAUCCCGCUCAGUAUUGCGUACCAAAUCUGUGCGAUUGUGACGGCGUUGUUGGGCGCGUACAGGUUUUGGAGGCAGCAGAAUGCCAUCGCGAGAGGAAAAGUGUUGUGUGGUGGGUGGGAGCUAACUGGAAUUGGGAUUAUGACUUUCCUUGCUGCUGUGACCUUGCUGGCGCUUGCACUUGCGAUUAUUAUCGAGUCUAGGUGA